CAUUACACCGCGGCCGUUAAUGUUUAAUGAGGUUUGUCUCCCAAUUAAUGUGCUUUCCCGUGGGUGCCCACUCCCAGAGCGAGACACCCGCCGGACGGCACGCUGACACGAUGGGUGACGAGCAAGUGCCCGAGCAGGGCCUGGACAGGUUCAGCUACGACUAUGAGACCAUCCGCAACGGGGGGCUCAUCUUCGCCGUGGUGGCGUUUGUCGUAGGGCUCCUCAUCAUCCUCAGCCAGCGGUUCCACUGUGGAGGGAAGAAGAAGAGGAGACAAGGAAAUGAGGAAGACCUGUAGCUGCAGAGCUGCCAUGGAAGCAGAGCUUCAUCCAAAGCAGAGAAGUCCUUGCCAAGGGCCACCCCUUGCCCCGCUCCAGUGGAUCCAUUACCCUGCUGACCCCGGGCCAGGCCAGAACGCAAAUUGCCCUCGUGCUUUCCCCUCUGUUAGAGCCAGCGAGAGUUCCUUGGCUAAUAAAGUUCAAGCUGAGAGAGGUUAAA